AUGACUCAGAUGGCCAGUUCUCUCGACUUGCCCAAGCGAGCUCUGAAGAAGUUCGAACGCAAGCGGCAACAAAGUCUGGCGAAACUGACGUUCGUGCUGUCCGAAAUCACCGUUUCGAACAAGAGCAACCUACAGGAUCUGGAGGCGAAGAUAUGCAACAUGAUAAACGUGAAAGUAUGGCCCGUUCAACAUCGAGUUCCGUACUCUACCUCAGGGUUCAUCGACGUCAUCAAAAUGGCCAGGUCAUGGCGUCGCAGGGCACCAGACAGAGCGGAUAUCAAACCGACGAUAGUUAUAUCGCAUAAUGGCGUCAGCAGAUGUGGUAUCUUCAUCGCUAUGAACAUCCUGAUAGAUCAGAUCAACAUGGAGAAGCAAGUGGACGUCUUCCAUGCCGCAAAAAUGAUUCGGUUAAACAGGCCACAGCUGUUUGACAAUAAGGAAGAGUACAAAUAUUUGUACGACCUCCUUUUGCAGUACUACAUUACUAGUCCGGAAUAUCAAGAGCAAAUGGCGGCGGAAAACGAAACAAUAGCGAAUCAUGUCUGA